AUGGAGUGGCGGCCGUAUCCAUAUCCCACCGAUAAAUCCCCCAUGGAGGGCACGACAGCCCAACACGAGGAGGAGUGGCUUCACGCGGCGUAUACCGACCCCAUCUUCACCCACCCGAUUGGAUACAGGGACAUAACUGAAGCUAUCAAGUUGGAACUCCUACAAAAGACCUUUUGGCCAUCGCUCGUAUCAUGGGUAGAAGCUCGUCAGAAAGUCCUCCCCAGCGGCGAGGUCCUAGGCGGUUGGUCUCGCGCCGACAUGUACGGCAUGAUGGACUGGUACCGACUGUGCUUCAACAUGACAUCCCGAUAUGAAGACGCUGUAGCCGCCCACGAGGACGGGAUAUGGAGGACUGUGAUUCUCACCUCCCCAUGGUGGGACUGGCCCGAGUUCGCAUAUCUAUAUGUCAAGACUAUCCGUGACGACAAGGGCGUUCCGCAGAGGGACGCAAAUGGCCGCAUCAGGAGGGAGAUGAGAGACCCGUAUGACGAUAAGCUCGAAGAUGAGUUCAUGGAUAUUUGGGAACGGGUAGCUAAUACGCGGCCGUUGAGGAAGCAUGCCAACGGACAAGUGUUUCUGCCCUGCGACAGGCUUUCGGUGUCCAGGACAGCGAGCACUGGGGCUGCCAUGGCUGCCAAAGCAAAUGGGAAUGGUUUUGCUUCAACUGGGCCCAGUCGGACAGCUCCUCCCCAGGCUGCGAGGUGA